GGCACGCUGUGUUGCUGCUGCUGUCCUUUGGCCUUUGACUUUUAAUUUUUAAUUCAUUGGAAUUCGGUCUCGCUUCAUCACGGGUCGCUGCCACAUGCCAAUUAUCAUUUAAUAGAUACCUAUCUUCCAAUCCAGGUUUCAGAAUAAUGGCACCAGCAGCCGCCGCCGUGCAACCAAAGCCGGAUAAUGAUCCUAUUGGCAUUCGAGCAGUAUUACUGGGACCACCCGGGUCUGGGAAAGGCACCCAAGCUCCUAAACUGAAGGAAAAAUAUUGUGUAUGCCACCUUUCAACUGGAGAUAUGUUACGUGCAGAAGUCUCUUCUGGUUCAGAGCUCGGGAAAAAGUUGAAGAAAGUAAUGGAUGAAGGGAAACUGGUAUCCGAUGAGAUGGUUGUGGACAUGAUUGACAAGAAUCUUGACCAGCCGGAAUGUAAAAAUGGAUUCUUACUUGAUGGCUUUCCACGAACUGUGCCUCAGGCUGAAAAGUUGGAUGAUCUGCUCGCCAAGAGAAAAACUGCGCUGGAUGCAGUCAUUGAGUUUGGUAUCCAAGACAGUUUGCUCGUGAGAAGGAUCACUGGAAGAUUGAUUCAUCCUUCAAGCGGGAGGAGCUACCAUGAGGAAUUCCAUCCACCCAAGAAGCCGAUGACUGAUGAUGUCACUGGAGAACCCCUGGUACGUCGCUCAGAUGAUAAUGUAGAUGCACUCAAGAAGAGACUGGCUACGUACCACCAGCAAACAGUACCACUUGUGGAUUACUACAUGAGGAAGGGACUUCACUACCGUAUAGAUGCUUCGAAGGCCGCAGAAUAUGUUUUCAGUAGAAUUGACUACAUUUUCAAAACAAGAAUCGCCAAUAGGAAUAGGACUACAAUUUUUGAUUGAUUUAUUUUUAAGUGAAAGUUUUUUGUACAAAAUCACUAUACAGUCUAUGUGGAAUUAUCAUGUUGUUAUACAGGUAAACAUUUUAACUAGAUAUUUUUGAAACUUUGUGUAUAAAUAUAGUGGAAAAUGUACACUGAA